AUGGUUGUUGGCCUAAUUGUGAAAGCUGGAAUUGUGUAUGCCGUGAUCGUUGCCACUCGGAACUAUGGCGUGUGGGGCUCCCCGGACGAUACGCAGGAUGUGUAUAUGGAUGCGUUGGAGCAUAUGGAACCAUACGCGGAUCAGGCGCGUCGCAAACUCAAAAUAUGUCCGCCCAGGCCGCCACCUCAGGGCGAAUGGUCUUUCAUGGGCAUCCAUUACUAUAAUGAGUGCGUCAAGGCCGUUUUUGACGUUUUGAGCCUCGUUCCGGUCGGGCUGGUGGCCGUUUUUGAGAGGAUACCCUUCUACCUGAACGCCAUCAAGGAGAGCAUUCGCAAGUAUCAGGAAAAGGAGAAGAAAAAGAAGGAGAUCAAGAUAUCCAAGGACCAGCUGGACGAAACGCCUUUGGUCCAACGACCCAAGGGUGAACUGAUGCCGCACUGCAAGGACAAGCGCUGUGCCAAGGCACCCCUCAUCCCGCCAGGCUGCCGCCAGAAGCGUUACAACGACGAGUUCAUCUACGAGCCACGUCCACGGAUGAAGGCGGCCUGCAAGUGCAAGUGCAAGGAGCGGAAGCCCAAGCCUUGUCCAGAAAAGAGGCCCAAGUGCCCGCAGUCCGAGGAAUCGCCGAAGUGCCGCUGCCCGGGUACUCCGAGGCGAGAUCUCCCUUAAGAUACUGAAGCUGACGAAUCUUUCCAACCAUCUAGCGACUCCUCUUAGCCCGCCCACCCCAAAUAAACCAAAUUUUUGUACUGUAACCUACGAAAA